AUGGGUUCGAUACUCGCAGUGACGGUUCUUGUCUACAUUCAAGAUCAUCUUGGAAGAGCUUGGGGAUAUGGUUUAUGUGCGUGUGCUAUCAUUGCGGCUCUUCUUGUGUUUUUGUCAGGAACAAAGAGGUAUCGAUAUAAGAAACUUAUGGGGAGUCCUUUAACUCAGAUUGCGGCAGUUUUUAUGGGGGCAUGGAGGAAGAGGAAGUUGGAGUUGCCAUCUGAUUCAUAUUUGUUGUAUAAUGUGAAAGAUAUUAAAGAUCCACAAGACGCGAGGAACAAGAAACUAAUGUUACCACAUAGCAAGCAAUUCCGAUUCUUGGACAAGGCAGCAAUAAAGGAUCCAAAUACAGAUGGUAAUAUGGUAAGAAAAUGGGAACUAUCAUCAUUAACAGAUGUUGAAGAAGUAAAAUUAGUAAUAAGAAUGUUACCAAUAUGGGCUACAACAAUAAUGUUUUGGACAAUACAUGCACAAAUGGUGACAUUCUCAGUAUCACAGGCAACAACAUUAAAACGUCACAUAGGAAAAUCGUUUCAAAUCCCACCAGCAUCUUUAACUACAUUCCUCAUAGGUAGCAUCCUCGUAACAAUCCCAAUUUACGACCGAAUCCUUCUUCCCAUAAGAAGAAAACUAUUCAACAAAUCACAAGGGCUAACACCUUUACAAAGCAUUGGUCUUGGCUUAGUGUUGUCAACUUGUGGAAUGGUUGCAGCAGCACUCAUUGAUUUAAAACGUACGAGGAUGGCACAUUUGCAUGAUUUGACACAUAAUACUUCUACAUUGGUGAUUCCCAUGAGUGUGUUUUGGUUGGUGCCACAAUUCUUCAUUGUGGGGUCGGGUGAGGCUUUUAUUUAUGUGGGACAACUAGAUUUUUUCUUAAGGGAAUGUCCUGAAGGGAUGAAGACUAUGAGCACAGGAUUGUUUUUGAGUACUUUGUCUUUAGGAUUUUUCAUUAGCUCUUUGUUGGUAUUUUUGGUUCAGAAAGUGACAGAUCACCAUCACCCAUGGCUUACAGAUGACAUUAAUCAGGGGAAACUUUAUAACUUCUAUUGGCUCUUGGCUUUCUUGAGUGCUAUAAAUUUGGUAAUUUAUUUGUUUUGUGCUAAGCGGUAUGUUUAUAAGGAUAAAAGACUUGAUGAACAAGUCAUAGAAUUAGAGAAAGACUUAGAUAAUGUCGAUCAUGCAUAG